GAAAAAUGUCUGCUGAGGAAUACAAAGAUCUCCAGAAUUUCGAAGAAGACAAAUCAUGAGCUUCCACUGAGAUUUCUUCUGUUAUGGAAGAAACAAAAGACCCACCAACCAAGCCAAAGAAGAAGGUGCAGAAGCCACAGAAGGUUAGACGUUCCAAUAGAAUUGCAGAGAUGAAAAAGAAGGCUUUGCAAGAUAAGAAAAUUAAAGAAUUGGAAAUGAAGGCGAAGUUAAAGGUCGGCUAUGUCUUUGAAGAAGACCUCUCCCUUCAUAAAUCCCAUAGAGUCUCUCAUGUAGAAAGACCAGAGAGGAUCUGGUCAAUUUAUCUUCAGCUACUGAAAGCUGGACUGAUUGACAACAUGUAUAAAGUUGAUGGGGAUCUUAUUAAUGAUGAAAAUAUUCUUCUGUGCCAUUCUGAAGAAUAUCUUAUGAAAUUCAAUAAGGUCGUGGGAAUUGACGAUGAUGCUCAAGAGCCAGCUCCAGCUAAGAGAAAUAAGAAUAUGUAUCACUUCCAGUUUGAUACUUAUGAGAACAAAUGGUCAAAUCACUGUGCCAAAUUAAGUGCUGGAUGAGUCAUUGAGACAGUAGAUGCUCUCUAUACAGACUACAUAAAAUCAGGUUUCUGAAUAGUCAGACCACCAGGGCAUCAUGCUCAUGGGUCUUCCGCCUCAGGUUUUUGCUUCUUGAACAACGUUGCUAUUGCAGCAAAAUAUGCACAAAGCAAGUAUGGGGUGAAGAAAGUUUGAAUCUUUGAUUGGGAUGUCCACUUUGGAGAUGGAACUUCCUCAAUUUUCAAAUCAGACCCCUCGGUUUUGUUCAUAUCAACCCACAGAUAUGAGGGAGGAGCUUUCUACCCUUCUAGUCCUUUAGGAGGAGAAGAUAAUGUAGGAACAGAUGAGGGCGAAGGAUUCAAUAUUAACAUUCCAUUUAACAAGGAAGGCAUGGGAAAUGAUGAAUAUAUUCAUGUCUGUGAAAACCUAGUUUUUCCUGUUAUAGAGAAAUUUGAACCUGAACUUAUUUUUAUAUCAGCAGGAUUUGAUAGUGCUGAAGGUGAUCCACUUGGAGGCUUCAGCCUGACACCGGCUGGAUAUGCAUAUAUGUGUCAAAGAAUUAUGAACUUGUGUCAAGAAACAUCAAAGCCUAAAAUGAUAGCUGUUCUUGAAGGAGGAUACAACUUAGAGUCAAUUUCAAACUCUUCUGAAGCAGUUGUAAGAGUUCUUCAAGGUGAAAAAUUACCUAUUGAAUCUAUGAAUGCUACUCAGACAGUAGAACAAAUGAGAGAAAAUGCAAAACCUGAUACAGAAGCUCUCGAAGUAGUUGAAAGAGUUAAGAGCAAUAUCGGGAAGUUCUGGGAUUUGUAAAACCAAGA